AGAUGAAUUAGCAAGAACUCAUGUGCAAUACAUGCAAUAAAGUAUUUAAAUUAAAGCGUGCUUUACAAGAACAUGAAUUAAUCCAUUCAGGGGAAAAACCCUUUAAAUGGUUAGUUUUUAUCGAUAAUAUUCACUAGUGUAACUUGUAAUUAAUAGUUUCGAUAAUAUUCGUCUUUACAAAAGCAUGACCGAAUUCAUACAGGAGUUAAGCCAUAUACUUGUAAUGAAUGUGAUUAAUAAUUUUCACAAAUUUCAAAUCUAAAAAGACAUUAAUUCAAACAUAAAGAUAAGAAACCAUUCGCUUGUGAGAUUUGUAAAAAGUAAUUCAUAACAAAUUAAAACUAUUAAUAACAUUAAAAUAAACAUAAAAAAUAAAGAUAAAGUUAUGUUUGUGAAUGCAAUCGAACUUUUCUUUAUAAAUGUAGUUUAAAAAAACAUUAGAAAAUCCACAAAAAAUUAGAAAACACAGAUUAGUUUAUAAAUCUCUAACAAAUUAAUUCAAUUUCAUCAGAUUUGAGAAUAUUUUUUACAGCAUCACAUCCUUAAAUAUUUCAUUCUAAUCAUAUUGAUAUAUUAUUUAAUGGACGAUUAUAUAAUUAUAAUGAAAGUAAUUUUUUAAUUAAUAAUAUUUAGAAACUGGCAGAAUUGAAUUACAUGAUUUAACUGAUUAAUAAUAACAAAACUGUAAUCCAAUUAAAGAUCAUUAACAUUUUGAAUCACAAAUACAAUAUGAUUUAAUUAAAUGUGUAGAUUGUAAAUAAGAGUAAUGUUGUUGCAAAUAAAAAUAAUUAUUUAGUAAUUGUUGUUUAGCUUGUAAUGGUGGAAAUUGUGGAGAAACUCCAUUUGCAAUAUCAAAAAUAUUACAUUUUCAUGGCCCAAAUUGUGGUCAUCCAAUAGUAAUCCAUAAUGGACAUAUAGAUUAUUUAGUGAAUGAAAUUUUGCAUUUUCCUCAUGAUGGUCAUUGUGAUAAUCAUGGAAUUUUGAAUAGAAUUAGAGUGAAAUGAUAAUAUAAUUAAAUAAUUCAAAUAUA